CGAAACUGAUACAAAAGCACGCGACUUUAUCUGCCGUUGAGUCAUGCAUUCGGAUUUCACCAUGAUACAAAUGAAAACAAAUAUCUGCAGCUAACAAAAUCGGGAUCCAGGCACCGAGGUUGGACACAUCAGCUUUAGUUGUCGGCCAUGGCAGCGGGCGUCAGUUUGUUGAGUGACCUGCCUUACUGCAACGGCAGUUCAGCUAACAGCAGAGAGCCGACCACUGUCAUGAAGCCAGUCAGUGUCCGAGUCCCCACUUCGAAGUACACCAAGGUUGGCGAGACUUUGAGGCAUGUCAUCCCAGGACAUAUGCAGUGUUCCAUGGCCUGUGGUGGUCGAGCAUGCAAAUACGAAAACCCUUCUCGCUGGAGCGAUGAAGAGCAAGCCAUCAAGGGAUUGUAUUCCUCCUGGAUAACAGAUAACCUGUUAGCAAUGGCAAGGCCUUCGACUGAAAUCAUUGAAAAGUUCAACAUCAUGGAACAGUUCCAAGCGUGUGGAUUGAAGACAGUCAUCAACUUGCAGCGUCCAGGGGAGCACUCCAGCUGUGGCAGCACUCUGGAGCCAGAGAGCGGUUUUACCUAUAACCCAGAGGUUUUCAUGGAGGCAGGGAUCUAUUUUUACAACUUUGGCUGGAAGGACUAUGGUGUGGCAUCCUUGACUACUAUACUUGACAUGGUGAAAGUUAUGUCAUUUGCCAUGCAAGAGGGAAGAAUUGCUGUCCACUGCCAUGCUGGACUUGGCAGGACAGGUGUCUUAAUUGCAUGCUUCUUAGUAUUCACAUCCCGGAUGAGCGCAGAUCAGGCCAUUUUAUUCAUCAGAGCUAAACGACCGAAUUCCAUCCAGACUCGCGGUCAACUGUUGUGUGUGCGAGAAUUUGCCCAGUUUCUUGUGCCACUGCGGAGUGUGUUCUCCUGUGCCGAGCCCAAAACUCAUGCAGUCACGUUGUCACAGUUCCUGACUCGUCAGCGGCAUCUGCUGCAUGGCUAUGAAGCACGACAAAUGAAGAACAUGCCAAAGAUCGUACACCUGGUCUGCAGGCUACUACUGGACAUAGCAGAGAACCGGCAAACUGUGGAAGAGGAGGUGUUGGACAUCCCAGACCUCACGGAAGAAGUGGAGAAGACAGUCUCCCUGCUAGCCAUCCAACAACUGGGCAAGGAGAUGAGGGGUAAAGGGAUUCCCAUAUCCUCACCUCACUCCCCCGAACAACCCAGCGGUCCUCUUGAAGUACAGUGUGUUCCACCUCAUGACCGCCCAGUCUGCAGCGACCAGGAGUUUGACGUGCUUUGGAGAUGGCCGACUGUAGACGACACUGAAAAUUCUCAACUCAUCUUGAGAAAAUGUCUUAGCUACAGUGACUCAGCCUUGCAUAAACUGGACCCGAGAAUGCAGGAACUGCAAAUUCCCCAAAAUACUCUUGGCAUCAAAUCCGGUUUAAACUUUUCUGAACACUAUGCUUCGCAGAGCAGAUUAGCUGAUCUUCAGAAGUCUGGAUCUCCAUUGACAUCUGAAAGCAACAGCAGUCCCAAAAAUGUCUCUUUAACCAGUUCCUGUAGCUCUCUGGUACAAUCCAAAAAAGGCCAAAUGCCUUGCUCUCCUAUCUCCACACAACAGGUACCUCUGAAGGAGGCAAAGCGUAGCAUGUCCUAUGGAUUACUCGGGAGGACCAGUGUGGACAGCAGUUUAAUGCUUUUUGUGAGGUCCACAGAACAUGCUGGAAAUGUUCAAAUGUGUAAAGACAGCAAAAAUGACCUCAGUCCUAUUGAAACAAUAACCUCUGAUGAAGGAAACAUUCCUAUUUUAACACUUCAAAGUGAGCUCACACCUGAGACUCGCCGUCUGUUUGUGGCCAAAGCUCUCACGAUGGACAUCGAUGAAGAGGAACUAAAGAAAGCUGUCUUGAUGUGGCAGGCAGAGCUCAACUCCCGUGAAGGUGCAUGGGAGCGAUUGUGCACAGAGAGAGAUGCUGUGGUGCUCUGCACACUCAUGUGGUCUUGGCUAGAGCAUUUGAAGGAGCCAGUCAUUGCAAAAGAUGAUGUAGAGACUUUGGCUGGAAACAGAUGCAAUCCCCAAAAUGCUCUGAAUUCACUGGACAAGGGACAAAAGCAAACCCUUCUGUGUGUUCUUGACUGUGCCGCUCAUUUGCUUAAAGUACCAGAGGAGGUUGAGAUUGCCUUCCUUGAUCGUACAAUCAAAGCAUUUACUUGGAUUUCCUCUGAUUCAGAGAAUGGACAGUUAAUCUAUAAGACUCUAAAAGAUGUCAUGAUGCCAGUCCUCAAUGAUAUGAGGGCAAAAGCUGUGGAAGAGCUGGAGUUGACCUGUCACUGUACCCACAUAUCCUGAUCAAUUCACCAAGAUAGUAAGACACUGGAUCUGGAAACAGACUUUUGGACUGAAUUUUCAAAGGAUGAUUUACAAAAAGGAGAAAAGGAAGAAACAUACAAAUAAAAGGCGUACCCUAACAGGUUUAGUAGGGUUUUUUUUUUUCUAGGGCUGUUUUUGUCCUGAUAAUUUAUUUAAAUAAUGUAAUUUUAACAUUUUUUAAUAUUGGUUUAUACAGGUUGUUUGCAACAAUUUUUGUGUUUUUUUUUUUAUAGAAAAAUAUUUACUGCUAUGUGUGUGCCACAAGGUUUGGUUAAGCUAUUUUUCUAAUUUGUCCUUAAUAUUUUAUUUUCGUUACACAUAAUCUUUUUUAGCUAACUUGACAACUAUUUAUUGAGAAGUAUGGCAUUUAUUUAUUAUUGUUUAUAUUUGGUUCUUAUAAAUAGAUAGAAAAGCAUAUCAAUAUAGAAAGAUACUCUUGUAAUAUACAGUAUAUUCAUAUUUGACUUGAGAGAUAGAUUGUUACAUUUGUACAUUGUUAUUGACUAAACCAAAUAAUAAUAUCACUGUGCAACAAGUCUUAUUUUAUGAAUCAAUAUUUAAUGCUUUAUUGAAUCAAGCAAAAUGCCAGAUUUGCUUGUUCUUGCCUUUGCAAUUUAAAGGUGCAGCAGAGGACAACUGAAUGAUUUGAUUUAUAAUACAAUGCAGUUUAUAUUAGAGAUAGCUCAGCAUGGCCUUUAACAAUUUUGAAAAUGAACAUUUGAGAAUGUAUUGUCAGUUCCUGCUAAAACAAAGCAAAUGACUGCCCUAUAGACAGGCUUUUGCAGGAUGCUCUCUGUCUUUCAUUGGCAUUAUUUGUGACUAAUCUGGUUCUUUGAAUGAACUUAAAAGAAACAAAAAUAUGGAAGAUGUAUGGGUGAAGGUUUGUCAUGUGUUUUAGUACUGUAGAUGACACUGUAGUGUUUAGAAAUUCAACUUUUGACCUCAUUUGUCCACUAAAACGCUAACAUUGUCUUUGUAAGUAAAUAUACUGUAGUCAACACAGAAUAUAUGUUCAUUCAUGAUGUCUGUGGAUGAAUCGUAACAUGUUUUCUUGUCUGAUUUCAAAAACCUUAUUACUGUGGACUAUAUAUUUUUAUUUAUUUAAUCUUCAUUCAAGUCUUUAAAAUAAAUAUUCUGAAUGUUAUCUUUUUACAUACUUUCUUAUUAGCAUACUCAUUCACAUUUGCAUCCAUUUAACAACAG